AUGGGUAUCUGUGCUUCGUGUCUGGGGGCUGGUCGUCGGGACAGUCAGGAUUCUGAGUCCUCCCAACGCCUCCUCGAUGACGAUAUCUACCAGCCUGGCUAUGGAUAUGGCGCGUUAAACAAUUCUACCCAAGGCAAUCACCCUGAUACCGGAUACUUGAAGCGUGAACGAGAAGCGCUCGAAGCUAUCUGUCAACGGACGUCGGAUUCCGUCAUUGAUAUCUGGUCCCUCCAACCCCAACCUCAUCUACAACCCCGAGCGACUCUCCACGGUCCCGUGUCUCCAGCUUCCUCUCGAGCUGGUACAAAGGAUGAUGUUCCCGUAAGAGUAACCACCACUCCCCCAGCAUCAGAGGCCGGUUCUUCCGCCCACAAACCUGGCUCUCCGAAACCAGGCGCCGUUCCAAAACACUGGGGGGAGGUGGUCAUAAAUCCGCGCAAGGGUAAAUCGCAGCAGCCCGACGAUGAUGCCCGCGAUGUGUUUGGUGUUCUGAAGGUUACUUAG